UUGAGGGCUUGUCCCCCCCCAUCAAGGCAGCAAAUGGUUCAGUCCGCCCCUUACAGGUUCACUUGUUUCUGAUGAGCAAAUAUUGUAUAUUUUUUUCAUAUGCUAAUUUACUGCACUACAAAUAAUGCUGCUACCAUUCUUUUUAUAUUUUUGUCAUAUUGUAUUUAUGUAUCUACCUUUGAUUACACGUGGUGGGAGGAAAAAAUCAUGUAGAAUUCAUUUUUGACCAAACUGUUCCUUUAAAAGUGGCACAAUCAGGUCUUUCCUCAACAAACCUGGGACAUCAGAAAAGAAAAAGAAAGAAAACAAUGACAAAGAAUCCAAAAAAUGAGAGAAAAAAUACCUCAAUCUGAGAAGACAACAGAGUAAAUAUGCACAGGAUCCAGAAUUUUGCUGAUUUUUGUCAUUACCUGACCAUUAGUGUGCUCUCUAAUCUGUAGGUGAUGGAAGAUGGCAACCAUGAUGGAGCUGAUGACACUGAUGAGCUGCUCUGUACCGAGGUGAUCAGUGAUUUCGGGGUGUCUCCACCUUCUCUCCCUCGAGACCACUGCGAUUUGCUGCUGGACGCCAUUGAUGCUCAGCUCAGUCGCCUGCAGACUUGCAGUCAUGACCAGGCAAACGGAGGAAACAGAAAGACAGAAGAUACUCUUGGUUCAGUGUCUCUUGACAGGAGUACGUCUGUGAGUAAAGACACAGGUCUCGGCACGGAUAAAGCGAGCUCUGCUCCUGAGGGGUUGAAUUCAGAUCACGCAGAUCUGACCACAGUGGAGCCCAGCAGGAGCGGAAUGGAGCUCGUUGGACUGAGGGAGGAUGAGCGUGAGGAGCAUGUAGGACUGGGUACUGCCACCUCCUGGCACACAGCAGGAGAUGGAGGAGUCAGGAGCUCCAAGACAGAACAGUGUCUGUGGAGACUAGAGCGACUGCUGGGACCUGGCACUGGGCAGGUAACAAGGAAGGAGGAGGGUGAUGAACAGGACAGCGUGCGCACUGAGGAUUUCAGCGCGAGAUUCCUAGAGGAAAUGCUGGAACCGACCAAGCUGAGUGCAGCCGGAUCUGCUCCAGAUUUCAGUGCUCCAGAUUGUGCCAGUAUCAGCAGCGAUACCACAACACUCACCGAGUCUCAGGUCACAAGCAGCCAGAACGCAGACCAGAACCCCAGCGUGCUUCCUUUUAAAUCUCCCAGCAGACAACUAGCAGGUGUUCCACUGAAAAGUUUCGACUUGGUCACUAUAGACAGCGAUCUGGACUCUGUGUGUACGGAGCGAGUACGACACCAUCUCCAGAGCACUCUCACCAACAGGAUAGCACAGGAAGGAUUCUUACAGAAUGAAUCAUUUGAAGGAAGAACCAGCGUAAAAACCACACAACGACCUGAAAACCAAAUAGUCAGCUCUGAAGACGAGGUGAACAGUGUGUGUGUAAGGCGUUACAGACCGCUGAGAUCUCCAGCCAGCAUCCAGCGAAGAGAGAAGAGGAACCAAGGGAGGAGGAACAACACCUCCACCAGCUCUACAGCCUCAACAGCUAGUAAAGCGAAGGCUGAUGACGACAUCAACCCAGAAUUCAGCUAUGUGGAAUUGUCACUUGCUGAACUUCAGCAGCAAAAAGUGGCAGCUGUACAGGGAGUGGAGAGAUUGAGGGAGGAGGUCGAGCAGGCUGAGAAAGAGCAACACACACUGCUUCUUAGUGUGACUCACACCAGGACACACACUCAGCUCCUCAGGAGUGAGCUGCACAAACUCCAAUCUCAGAGGGACUUGUACAUUCAGGAGGUCAGGGCUCUGCAGGAGAGCCAGGCUGCCCUGCAGAGACACAUAACCACUGUUCACCAUGACACCAGCCCUCAAAAGCAUGUGAAUAGCGGCUGUGUGUCUGCGCUGGAGAGGGAGGAGAUGGAUCGGCUUUUGGACAACGCCAAAUCAGAGCUGUUCUCCGAGCAGCGGCGCUUCAGACGCACACUGGACUCCAUGCAAGAGAGAUUGGAGGAAGUGACCCAGGAGCUGGAGCAGAAGCAGGAGGAGAACAGGAAGCUCAGAGAGAAAUGCUCCCAGCUGGAGGAGAAGCUGAUCACAGCCACCAAAACAAGACAAGAGCUACAGGAAUCUUCACAGAGCGAACGAGUGGAGCAGGAAGGCCGGCUUGGGGCUCUCGAGAAGAUCAUUGCACAGAAGGAGCUGCUUCUCCUGGCCACGCAAGAGGAGAAGAAUCGCCUCGAGAUGGAGAUCAGGGCUGUCAGAGAGGAGGACAGUGCUAAGCUAACAGCAGCGCUGGCACACGCUCAGAAACAAAAGGAAGUGGAAGUGGAGCAGCUCAGGACUCAGAUGACUCUGACCCACACGGAAGAGUUACACCGGGUCCGUAUUCAGGUGCAUGAGAUAAAAGAGGCCGCGCUCAGAGAGCAAGCCGUCACACACACACGCCACUCUGAGUCCUUACACAACCGCAUCCAGAUGGCAGAGGAAGAGGUGAACAGACUACAGGAGUCUUUAAAGCAGCAGCAGGAGGAACUCAGCAGGAGAGAAGAGGAGCUGAGAGGAGAAACUCAAGAACAGGUGAAGAGGGCAGUGGAACGAGAACAGAGGAAGUGGGAGGAGCAGAGGGCGGAGUCUCUCCGAGAGCAGCAGGUCAGACUGGAGAAGCAGAUGCAGGAGGUGGAGAGGAGAGGGAGAGCGGAGGUGGAGAGAGAAAAAAGGAGUGCACUGGCUCUGCAGAAUAAAGUGGUGGAGCUGCAGAAGACAGUGGAGGAGUUGGACAGCGCAGCGGCUAAGCAGACGGCUGUGGUCAGAGCUCUGAGAGACGAGCACCAGACAGAGUUAUAUAAAUUGCGCAGACAGCUGCAGCAGGAGGCUGAAAGUGAAGCCAUGCGUCUGAAAGAGUGUGUGAAGCGGAGCGAGCAGGAGCUGCAGGGUGUGAGGGCAGAGCUGGCUGAGUGUGAGCGUCUCCAGCAGGGGGCGGCGGCGAGACACGAACAGCAGAGCGCCAGCUGGGCUCAGGAUAUACACACUGAGUGUGUGUGUCUGCAGGAGCUGCUCACUCAUAACGGCUGCACAGUGGACAACACACAUGUCUCACACAGUGUUACAGUGAGUGAGGCGGUGCAGGUGCUGCAGUCUCUCAGGAAGUCGCUCCAACACCUCAUCACCAGCCUGCAGAAUCACAUCACCUCACUGACACAUGCCAAACAACAGCUGAGUGCUGAUAAAGAGGAGGAACGGCGUGUGCAGAGGGAGCAGUUAACAGCUGAGAAGGAGAGAGCUGUAAAUGCGUUGAGAGAAAAACUUAUACAGGAGCACAUUGAGGAGCUGAGCAGUUUGAAUAGGGUGCGUCUGCGUGAGGAUGAUGACGGUGACGGCGUGGCUGCGCGUCUGCGCAGGCAGCUCCGGGCUAAAGAUGAAGAGCUGCGUCAGGUGCAGAGGAACAUGGUGCAGUGGAAGGAGAAAACCACGGCACGGCUCGCACGCAAGUUCGAACAGGAGCUCAUGUCUGAGCUGGAGAGGAAAGCCUGCAGACAGAAAUCAGAGCAGCGUCGGAGGCUGGAGCAGCUCGAGGGAGAGAUGAGACACCUGACUGCGAGCUCCACUGAGAUCGUCCCAGCAUCCUCUGCUUCCUCAGCUCACAUCCCAGACACAGCCAGUAGCCAGGACCUGGACUCAUACAAACUACUGCGCCACCUCCAGAGCCGCAUCCGGCAGCUGCAGGCUGACACCCAGAGCCACACACACACCUACACACCCAGCGCUGUGCGUCUAAACCGGGACAGGGACCGGGGGAACACCGAGCUGUCUGGAUCCUACCUCGAGACAAUUGCUCCAGCGCUGGACAGCUGUGUGACACGACAGCGCUCUGAUUUGAGAACAGCCUGGAACCCUGACCCUUGAACUCUGACCACUGAUCAUAUCCUUUUUACUGAAGUGUCAUGCUGAGAACAUUAUAAAGACCAUCGCCAGUGAUUUUACACCUUUCCAUUUCUGUGCACCAGUGCUGCAGUCUUCAAGGAAAAGUUCAUGUGCAGUAAAAUCGAUAAAUCGUACUCAAGGGAUCCCAAGUGAUGCACACAUGACCGAGAUUCCAGCCCUGCGUCUCAAUUCACCUACUUAUACUAUGCACUAAAAGUAUGAACACUAAUUGUGAAGAAAAAGUACAUACUUUUGAGUGUGUAGCAAAAGAGUAUGCAGGUAAUGGGACAUAUUUACACCUCUCUAAAAUACGUCCUUGAAUUCGGCGAAGCAAACAGUCACAAAACUCCUCCUCCCUCCCUCGUGCAAGGAGUUGUGGGUAAUGUUAGCUGAAAGAGAGUCCAAGGAACCAUACUUCGAAAAUCUACUGGAAAUAGUAGAGCAUCCGGGUACCUUUGGGAUACUCAUUUCAACAUACUACGAUUUGGGACGCACUAAAUCUAAUAUCGGAGACUAUUUAGGAUGUAUAGUAGACGAAUUAAGACGCCAGCACAAGAGAGCGUAACUGGCCUUGUGGGAUGGCUUUUUUUUUUUUUUUUUUUUUGAUUCAGCCUA